AUGGAAUUCUUCACAAAUCCUUUCCAAGGGCUAAUUGUAGCCGAGACACAACCGGGUCAACCAAUCAAAAUAAUUCGUGACUAUGUAAAUCUUAAUGGUAAUGUCACAAAAUCAUACGACUGUUUUAAGCAACGCGACUACGUGCAGCUUCCCGGCAAAUUGAUACAAUCUUCUAAGAUUGGUAAAGAAACAUUUGAAUUUGUAAGCGCCGCAAAGUCUGCUUCACCGUCAGUUCAAACGACUUCAAAUCUUGCACGUGAAGUUAAACAAAGAGCGAAACAAAUAGGAGCUCAAUUGAGCUCCUUCAAUGAUCGGUCACUAUCGGUAGUAGAUUCGGAUGACAGUACCUCAUUGAGUACACUUCAAUCAUCCAACGGAUCCAUGGAAGUGGACCAAGUUCAAAAAAGUCCAUCGGUAAUGGCUUUUAAUGAUUUACAGUCAGUAGCGACAAGUAACACUAAUUUCAAAUCUUCCGAAGCCGAUGCUCUUUCUUCUGCACCUUCCUCCUUUUAUAACGUCAAUCUUGAUGAUAAUGAAAGCGUCGUCAGUAGCGAUCAUAAUGACAGAAGUAACGCGAUGUCUGGACCUUCUGCUGUUGAUAAAAAAACAGUCGCGACAAGCUUUGACAAAACUAGUGCCGGGUCUCCAUUUUCAGAUAACAGUAAGAAGAAUUAUCGAAAAUACAUGCCUAAUCAUUAA